ACCACUGCUAGCAAUAAGCUUAACAAGAUCCUGUCCAUCGAUAUGGAAAUUCGAAUACAGAAUAAGUGUAUUUCAGCAUAGCGUAUCACUCUGGAAGGCCCGGAUCCGCCCUGGAUGCAAGGCCCCCUUAAGGUUGCGUUUCUGGGGGCCUCCGGCGUUGGACGUACCAGUGUCCUACAGCAAUUCUUUAAGCACGAUUUCCCGAAGGAACACCUCCGCACCGCAAAGCGUACCGUCUAUCGGAGCUGUCUGGUCUGUGAUACCUGCAUACGCGAGCUGAUGGUACUGGAUGUGCCACCGCAGAAGUACUUCCCGAUAGAUAAUCUGGCCGAGUGGAACAAUGGCCAUCCGCUAGGGUUGCGUACCGUCCAUACGUAUGUGCUGGUGUACGACAUGGGGAAUCUGGACACCUUCCAGUACUGCCGCAAUAUGCGUGAUCAAAUUUUGGAAAGUUUCAAUCACCGUGAUUUUAAGAUAAUGGUUGUGGGCAACAAGGUUGAUAUGGUAUCUAACCCUCAUACUCAGGAACUGAAGGACAUUUCCACCCUCGUUCGGAAACACUGGCGCUGUGGGUACGUCGAAUGUUCGGCAAAGCACAACUACAAAAUUGGAGAUAUUUUCAAGGAGCUGAUGGGAUACCCGGUCGGUGGGACGGCACCAAAGUUGGAGUUCACGCAAUCGAUUGGUUCGAAAAAUCGUUGCACGAUACUCUAGUAGUAGCUGAACUGGAGGGUUCCUCCAACGCUGUUCAGCUGAUGGCACCUGUCAUCGGGUCAUCGCCGGCAAAAAAUCCAAUGGCUAAAUCCAUCCAAUUCGCCUAGAAUCACACCUUCAGCGAAACGGUUCCAUCUGAAGUGCCAAUCACGCAUCCAUCGCAUCCAGAAAUCUUCGUCCAACGGAAUUCGGACAUCGUUUCCCGUACCUCUGUAUCCUGUAAAUUGAUUUUUGGACAGAAAUUGGAGCAUUUGUAGCAUAUUUUCCUUCAUCUCAUGCAAAAGGUUGUUCCACACUUGAGGCACACACUUGUCUAUCCUCCAUCCUCAUGUGAAAUUGCCGGUGAAAAGAUUUUAUUGAAUCUUGGUCGAAUGUGUUUCAUCGCAGGACCUUCAUGUAAAGAACCCCAGGAUAUUGGUCGUUCGGUAAUAAGGGUGUGGGAAAACGGGAAUCUGUAAUUAAUAUAGUGUAUUAAGCCAACAAAGCAUUAGAGCAGAUACCACAAAGCAAGACGGUGCGAUGACGUGCACAGUUACCUUUAGAGCAUGCAGUUACAGCACCACACCUAACCUCAAUGUAUUGACAGCAGCAGUAGCCAGUACACUAGCCGUCGUUAGUAAACCAAACCCAUCGUCAUCAUCAUCACCAUCGGAAUCAGGCCACACGUUUUACUCUCCAGUGUACAUACAAAGGACCCGCACGAUUUUACGUGAUUUAAAAAAUGAGAUAGACAAUAACAGUUCACCAUCGCACCUUUACAUGGGAUGCUUCAGUUAGAAGGGCACCUCCGGGACAUUCGAUGGCGAGUACAGAACAAUAUCGAUAGUAGUUGCGUAGGACUGUAUGUAUGUAUGUAUGUGUGUGUAUGUGUGUACGUGUGGGUGUAGUUGUGUAUGGUUCAAGCGUACACAUUUUAGAGGAGAUGCAGUUUUGCUUGCAUUGAGCUUUUGCAGCUUUUUCCCCACGGUUCGAAGAAUGGCGAACGGUUUGGUUUCCGUUUGCUCUGCGCCGCUUUAGAAUUUGCCAAAGUUGUUGUUAGGAAAAGUGAAAGCAUGCAUUAAGCUGUAGUGCAUUAUGUUGCCGUACGAGUUGAAUCAGAGCGUUAGCUGAUUUGUUAGAAUUACUUAGAGCAGAAGCGAGAGUUCGACGAGCAGUUUUGCAGUUGUGCGUGGAUUAGUUGUUAUCGAUUAGUUAGCUCGUUACUGGAAAGUGUUACAAGAGUUACCAUCAGCUGCAUUUGAUGAAAUGUAAGCCUUCUGCACAGGUUAGGUGUACAUACAGUUUUGUGUUGUUGAAUGAGAUACGCCAAAGCGGACGAGUAUAGUUUAAGUUUAAAGAAAGCUGAAACUUACUGCCACAAUUUAGUGAGUUGUGUGAAUUAUUCGAACAUUUCUGUUACAUCAUAUUCGGA